AUGUCCUGGGGUUUGGGAUGGAAGCGCCCCUCCGAGAUCUUCCAUCUCACGCUCACCUACGGCACGGAGGACCCGCCGCCGCCGCCGGAGAAUCCCGCCUCCGCCACGCCUCCGUCGUCGUCCUCCGCCUCCGCGUCUUCGUCGUCGAUCUCGUCGAUAGUGUCGCAGCAGGAUCAGGAGCCGGGGUUCCGGAUCGAUCUGGAUUGGUCCGCCGGCGACGACGAGGACCAGGUGGCGCUGCGGCUCCAGUCGCAGCUCAUGGUGGCGCUGCCGAUGCCGCAGGACACGGUGGUGGUGGAGCUGAGGCCGGAGGAGGCGAAUGUGAGUGUGGAUAUGAGGGUUGUGAGGCGGAGAGAGCCGUUGAGGGCGGUUAGUAUGGCCAAGACGGGCGGGUCGGGUCAGCAGAAUGACGGUACUGGAGUCUUGACCCGGUUGUUGAGGUCAAAUUUCUCUUCGUCAAUGCCAGCUGUCGCUGAAGGUACGGCGGCUUGCGGCGUGCAUUGGCAGUGCGUCACCGUGGUCCGUUUAUGUGGCUGUGGUUUGUCGGUAUUCCCGGUAGAGUUAACAAGACUGCCUCUUCUUGAGAAGCUAUACCUUGAUAACAAUAAACUGGCACUUUUGCCUGCUGAACUCGGUGAAUUGAGAAGCUUAAAGGUGCUCAGGGUUGACUACAACAUGCUGGCUUCAGUACCUGUGGAACUGAGACAGUGUGUUGGAUUAGUGGAACUUUCUUUGGAACACAACAAGCUUAUUCGGCCUCUGCUUGAUUUCAGGGCUAUGGCUGAACUCCGCGUACUUAGGCUAUUUGGAAACCCUCUUGAAUUUCUUCCUGAAAUCUUGCCUCUGCACAAACUUCGUCAUUUAUCUCUUGCAAAUAUCAGGAUUGUGGCAGACGACAGCUUGAGAUCAGUGAAUGUGCAGAUAGAGAUGGAAAACAGUUCGUAUUUUGGUGCAUCUAGGCAUAAGCUAAGUGCCUUUUUCGCUCUUAUAUUUCGUUUUUCUUCUUGUCAUCACCCGUUACUAGCAUCUGCAUUAGCAAAGAUAAUGCAAGACGAAGGGAACCGUGCCGUGGUUGGUAAAGAUGAGAAUGCAGUGCGACAGCUUAUUAGUAUGAUCAGCAGUGACAACCGUCAUGUGGUUCAACAAGCAUGUUCUGCACUUUCAUCUCUUGCCGCAGAUGUUUCAGUUGCAAUGCAGUUGAUCAAAGCUGAUGUUAUGCAACCCAUUGAGACGGUACUGAGAUCUGUUCUCCAAGAGGAAGUAAUUUCUGUAUUGCAAGUUGUGGUGAAGCUGGCCUUUGCAUCUGAUGCUGUAGCUCAGAAAAUGCUGACCAAGGAUGUAUUGAAGUCUUUAAAACACUUAUGUGCCCACAAAACCCCAGAGGUGCAAAGGUUAGCUCUGUUAGCAGUUGGGAAUUUGGCAUUCUGUUUGGAGAAUCGUCGUCUUCUGGUUACUUCUGAAAGUUUAUGUGAACUUCUCAUGCGCUUGACAGUUGCACCUGAACCGCGUGUUAACAAAGCUGCAGCUCGUGCUUUGGCAAUUCUUGGGGAAAAUGGAAAUCUACGACGUGCCAUAAGGGGGAGACAGGUGCCAAAACAAGGAUUGCGCAUACUCUCAAUGGAUGGUGGUGGUAUGAAAGGCCUGGCAACUGUGCAAAUUCUUAAAGCAAUUGAGAAGGGAACUGGAAAACCAAUACAUGAGUUGUUUGACCUCAUAUGCGGCACAUCAACGGGUGGCAUGCUUGGUGUGGCUCUUGGCAUUAAGCUAAUGUCAUUAGAUCAGUGUGAAGAAAUCUACAAAAACCUUGGAAAACUUGUCUUUGCUGAACCUGCUCCAAAGGACAAUGAAGCUGCAAGUUGGAGAGAGAAGUUGGAUCAGCUCUAUAAAAGUUCAUCACAGAGUUUUCGAGUUGUUGUACAUGGAUCUAAACAUAGCGCAGAUCAGUUCGAGAGACUAUUGAAGGAAAUGUGUGCUGAUGAGGAAGGAGAUCUGUUGAUAGAGUCAGCAGUGAAAAACAUUCCCAAAGUUUUUGUAGUGUCAACUUUGGUGAGCAUGACGCCAGCGCAGCCGUUCUUAUUCCGGAAUUAUCAGUACCCUGUGGGAACGCCAGAAGUAGCUUUUGUAGGUUCAGAGAGUUCAGGAAUCACUGUGCAAGAACCAACUAGUUUGGGUACUGAACUUGGCUAUAGACGCAGUGCUUUUAUGGGAAGUUGCAAGCAUCAAAUAUGGCAAGCGAUAAGAGCCUCAUCUGCUGCACCAUACUAUCUUGAUGAUUUCUCAGAUGAUAUUCAUCGUUGGCAAGAUGGUGCAAUAGUGGCAAACAAUCCUACUAUCUUUGCCAUCAGAGAAGCACAACUUUUAUGGCCUGACACGAAAAUUGAUUGCUUAGUUUCUAUUGGCUGUGGUUCUGUUCCGACAAAGGUGCGAAAAGGUGGUUGGCGAUAUCUUGAUACUGGGCAAGUAUUGAUAGAGAGUUCUUGCUCUGUGGAACGCGUGGAGGAAGCCUUAAGUACAUUGCUACCGAUGCUCCCUGGGAUACAAUACUUUCGGUUUAAUCCAGUUGACGAACGUUGUGAUAUGGAACUGGAUGAGACUGAUCCAGCUGUCUGGCUAAAAUUGGAAGCCUCGGUGGAAGAAUAUGUUCAGAAAAGUUCUCUUGCACUUAAGGAUGCCUGUGAGAGACUACUGCUGCCAUUCCAAAAUGACGAAAAGUGGUCCGAGAGUUUGAGAUCCCAACAUUUCCCCAAGGCAAAUGAGGUGAAAAACCCAUCUCUAGGUUGGAGGCGUAAUGUGCUACUUGUUGAAGCUUCGCAUAGCCCCAAUUCUGGUCGAGCUUUGAAUCAUGCUCAUGAACUUGAAUCAUUUUGUGCUCGUAAUGGAAUACGGGUAUCUUUAAUGCAAGGAAUCUCAGGGUUUGUGAAGACAACACCAGCAGCAACAUUCCCAACACCAUUUCAGUCACCAUUGUUUCCUGCAAGUGUCCCAUCAAGCCCACUUUUCUACAGUCCUGACUUUGGCCCGCAGAGGGUUGGCCGAAUUGAUAUGGUCCCACCUCUGAGCUUAGAUGGUCAACCUGGAAAGGGAGCCGCCUCACCACCAAAGUCUCCUUCAGGGCCUAGACAGCUUUCUGUACCUGUUCAGUCGUUGCAUGAUAAGUUACAAAAUUCGCCACAAGUGGGCAUUGUGCAUUUGGCCCUUCAAAAUGACUCAAUUGGCUCAAUUUUAAGUUGGCAAAAUGAUGUAUUUGUGGUUGCUGAACCUGGAGAGCUUGCAGAUAACUUUCUGCAGAGUGUUAAGUUGAGCUUGUUAUCAAAUAUGCGAAACCACCGCAAGAAGGCUGGAUCAUCUCUUUCCAAUAUUUCAACUGUUUCUGAUUUAGUUGCAUAUAAACCAUGCUUCCAACUUGGAUGUAUCGUUCACCGUUAUAUGGGACGCCAAACUCAAGUAAUGGAAGAUGGCCAAGAAAUUGGAGCGUAUUUGUUUCGUAGAACUGUCCCCUCUAUUCACCUAACACCUGAUGACGUUCGAUGGAUGGUUGGAGCUUGGAGAGACAGGAUCAUUAUUUGUACAGGGACAAAUGGGCCUACGCCAACUUUGAUCAAAGCAUUUUUAGACUCUGGUGCCAAAGCGGUUAUAUCUUCUUCAAUACAGCCCCAAAAAACACAGUUAACAUUCGGGUCUACUGAUUUCAGUGUUCUUGAAAAGUUUGAGAUUGGUGAGGAGGAGGAGGCUGAGGAAGACGAAGUUGAAGAUGAGGCGACUGAACCUGAAAGUCCGGUGAGUGAUUGGGAAGAUAGUGAAAAUGAAAACCGCUCUAUCGGCUUUGGGGAUGAUGAUGAGGAAGAAGUGUCCCAAUUCGUCUGCCAUUUGUAUGACUCACUGUUUCGAGAGGGUGUGAGUGUGGAUGUUGCUUUACGACAUGCUCUUGCCUCACAUCGGAAGUUGAGGUAUACGUGCCAUCUUCCCAGUAUACAGUAGAUUGUAAACUACAUUUUAUACAUUGAAACAAAGCUUGAACAUUAAAACAAGGAUAGGAAAUAUAGAAAAGGGAAUAAGAACAUAGUCGAGCUUGUGGAUAUUAAGAAAAUAAGAGGGAACUACCAAUUUUGAGGCUUACAAUCAGAAAAGAAAAUAGAAAUGUUGUUGUUUAGUU